GGUAAAUUGACGGCAAAUGCAUGCGAACGCGUUCCGAAAUCUGAAUGACGCCGACAGUGCCACGGCCGAGGUGGAUGCGAUACCUCGAGUGGGUCCUGCCGUAUCUGGCUGUGCUUUGUGUCAUCAUUAGCUUCACAUCAUUGGAUGUGUCGAUACUAGACAGACCCAUCACUCCCAUCGGUGAGGCCGCUCAAGGGUCAUGGCCCACCAUCAAGCGCGGCUUUAUCGUGCCAAUGUUUGACGGCAUGCUUCCCAUCGGCAUUUCCUUGAUUCAGGAGUUGCGUCGCCUUGGCAACCACGAUCUCGUCCAAGUGUACCAUUGUUUAGGUGAACUGUCCGCGCUGUCGUUGCGUCUGCUGCAUCGAGCCGACUCGUACGUGGAAGUUGUCGACGUGUGCGCGGACAUGGUGGCCCAGGACAAGCUCACAUGGCACGAAGCGAAGCGCUUCCGCAACUUCUUCAUCAAGCCUCUGGCCCUUGUGCAUACUCGACUGGACGAAGUCAUCUUGCUGGACGCCGACGACAUCCUGUUUGUCGACCCAGCGACAUUAUGGGACGUGGAUGCAUACCAUGCCACGGGAACUCUGUUCUUUUACGAUCGCGAGAUCGUCGAGAACACCUUCCUGCGACUCAAGUACUCGUAUGUGGAUCCUCUUCUUGGCCACGUCACGGAAGAGAACACGCUGCAGCAACUGUUCCGACUCUUUGAGUUCCACCGGUUCGGUUUGGCAAAGCCGGCCGCGCCGUCCGUCCGCACGCAGUCAUCGCUCGCCUUUACAAAUCAAAGUGCCCAUGAACAAGACUCGAGCAUCGUUGUGGUGGACAAGCGGCGCCAUGAUCGGGCCAUGGACGUGCUGUGGUUCCUUAUCACAGACUGGCGCUUCCGAUUCCCCAUGUAUUCGUGGGGGGACAAGGAGAAUUUCUGGCUCGCGUACGAAUUGAGUCAGUCGCCGUACUCAUUUUCCCCAUACGCUGCCACCGCUGCGGGGAAUGUACAACCCCACGACCCUACCACCGUGUGCGGGGAAAUUGCCCACUUCUUCCCCUCAUCGUCCCCCAACACUACCCUCCUGCAUAUCAACGGCAACGCCCUCAUCAACCCGUACACAAAGACAAACGCAUUCAACGGCUACGACAAGUCGUUUCGCCCGUCCAAGCUCGACAUGUUACUGCAGAUGGUGCCCACACACGUGGCGCCCCCACGAGAUCGCAGCCCGACGCCCAUUGUCCAGCCCAAUGCAUCCUGUCCACAGGAAUGCCUCUACCAACGCGGGGUCCAGGCCAUGACGUCGGCGCAGCAAAGGACACUCGUGCGCCGCAUCCACGACACGUUUGCGGUGGCGGCGGACGUCGAUGCCGAGACGCCCGCACUGUCCCGGUACUCCGUCGUAGGCGUUGUGGCUGUGGCCUGGACACUUGUGUAUAUGGUCGUUCGAUACCGAGCGGCAACGCGAUGAGGCUAGACAGUGUUCUGCAAGUCUACAGUAUUUAAGUACACCUAGUCAUCACCACC